AUGAAUCGGUUCAGAAGUGAAGGAAGAGGUGGGCAUAAAUCAGAUGAAAAAUCAGCGAACGAAGGUAUUUCGGUAGUUGAAGAUACAGCUUCAGUCUGCGGUAAAUGUUUGGUGUUGGAAUUGUUGAGGGAAGAAUGGAGGGAAUUUUUUGGACAGCGAGUGAAUUUGAAACGAAUAGAGAAAGAUUGUUUGAGUGGUAAACUUCGUGGCUCGCAUGUUCGAUCUAUUAUUUGGAGGCUAUUGACGAAUCCGCGCGAGCAAACAUCAAGUUUGGAUCCAAACGUCAGCAAUCCGUUGUCACUGGGUGAUGAGAAUCCGUGGCAACAAUAUUUCAUUGAUUGCACGCUACGUGAAUGUAUAAAUCGUGAUGUAGAACGAACAUUUCCAGAAUUGGAAUAUUUCAAAGACGAAAAUGUGCGAACCAUUAUGUCAAAUAUUCUCUUUAUAUAUGCGAAACAGCAUUUGGAUAUUUCCUAUAGACAGGGCAUGCAUGAAAUACUUGCAACGCUGAUUUUUGUAUUGAAUUAUGAUCAACAAACAUUUGCUCAUUUAAUGGAACAAAAUAGAUUGAAAGAAUUAUCACCGGAAGAAUUGAAAAUUCUAUGCGCUAUCAAUAAUCAGGAUUUCCUUGAACACGACUCUUUUGAAAUAUUCGCCCAAUUAAUGAUGAUGUUGGAACGGUGGUACUUGGCUGAUGAUGAGGAAUACGUUGAAUAUUCCAAUCGUGCUUCGAGAAAUAAUGACAAACUAGGCUAUUCCGUACCAUUUGUUAGUCCAGAUGAUUCUUCUGAUGAUUCGAGAAAUGAAUUAAUUAUUAAGCUUCGAAGUAUUAUGAAUAAUAUAUUGGCAAUAGUUGAUCCUGCAAUGCAUCAGCAUCUCUCGAAAUUGAAGAUUUUACCACAAAUUUAUGGAAUUCGCUGGUUACGAUUAUUAUUUGGUCGCGAGUUUCCAAUUCACGACCUGUUAUUUAUAUGGGAUGCUAUAUUCGCUUUCAGGCCACCAUUAUCUUUGGUGGACUAUAUUUUUGUCGCGAUGCUCGAAUAUAUUAGACAUUUAAUUAUUGAUGAAGAUUAUAGCACAACAUUACAAUAUUUAAUGCGUUAUCCACCAGUAGCUGAUGCACAUUCCUUAAUUCAAUACGCUUUACAUAUAAAAUCACCCAAAAAGUUUGAAGUACCACACACUCUUAAUGUUACGAAUUUUGAAAAUAUAACAAUCGCUGGGGUGGUACAUCCAAAUCGAACCAAGAAUGUUGUUGAAACGAAAACUGUUGUGGAAAAUCAACAGCAAAUAAAUUUACCAAGGCAAACAAAUUUAGCAAAACAUUUUUCAUCAUCGGGAAUGAUAUUAUAUAAUGCUAAUAAAAAUAGACAGCAACAUGGUGAUAUCAAAUCAUUCGUUGCUAAAAUUGUGGACACGGUUUCAGAUCGAAACAUGGUUGAAAGAGGACUGAUUCGUUCGCAAGUGAAUUGCAGCACAAGUAACCAUAUUGGUAUGAAAGCUUCAGACGAGGUAAUCGAGCUUCUGCAAGAGCAAGUGUCAUGUUUGCAGUCAAAACUGAAUGAUAUGAACAUGAUGGCUGGUAUAGUAAAGCGGAGGAUUAAUCUCUUGAUCGAUGAGCAACUGCCGAAAAUAGUUGGUAAUGACGAUUUAAAGAAACUAAUAGAGAAAGAAUUACGCAGCAUCCGGUCUCAGGUUGAGAAUGCUGUACGGUCAGAUGCUAAUCACACAAAAGUGACAGUUUCCACAAGAGAUACAAGAAGAGUUGAUCAUGAUAUUGCUGUGGGAAGUAGUGCUAUAGAAGUUGGAAAUGAAGUAUAUGCUCCGACGGUUCGGUCAUUCCAUAACGGUACCGGUUCGCCUUCGAUGCUACGGCUUCAAACUUCUCGACGGGACACUGAAAUGUGUGUGAUAGGACCUCAUUCUGUUGUUCAGUAA